AUGGGCGGCCAAGAUGCACAGCAGCACUCGGACAUUGGGUCAAACCUAGAACGGACUUCUUCCGCCGACACCUCGUCCUCAUUGCCGCCGCAGCUAGAGACAGUCCCGCAGCCAGCUCAGCGCAAGCCUUUUCUAUCCAAAUUCCCUUUUAUGCGAACCUCUACGGGCUCGACGAGCAAGGACGACCACGAUGUUGAUCCCAGUGACCCGGCCCCAGGCGCCCGCGCCCUGGCAAGCGCUCUGCAACAGCAGAAGAGUACACGACGUCGACGUGGCUCUCUCAGAAAGGUGGCGCUGUUGGGACGCGGCGCUGCAAGUGACAAGGGGCACCAAGUUAGCAGUCCCUUGACGACCCAAACAGACACCCCGUCUUCAACGAAGGAGAGACCUAGCGAUUCAAAGGCGCAUCAAGCACACCACUACGACGCUCUAGGCUUGAGUGAUUCUGAUAUAGUACUUCAGACCGAUGCGCCUUCGAAUGGCGCCGUCCUUGGAAGCACAGCGUCGUUCACAAGUUGCACAGACGCCCAGGAACCAAAUGCAGCAACAGCCUACCACUCCACAACGGACGAAGACGAGGGGCCUCAUUUGCCUUCGAGAACAGACAACACACCGGUAGUCUCGAGAUCAGAAACAUACUUUUCCGGCGUACCAUCUUCACAGUCACGUCGCCGGGCAUUCCAGCAAGCCAAGUCGCCCUUGGGGUACAGUGGACUCUCGGCUGCGCCAUUACCGCCGGUAAAGGUCGAGGUGGACUACGCUGCUACAGAAUGGUGGGGAUGGAUCAUUUUGACGGUGACGUGGAUCGUAUUUGUGACUGGGAUGGGUUCUUGUCUAGGUGUCUGGAGCUGGGCGUGGGACAUUGGCAAGACACCAUACGCGCCGCCAGAACUUGAGGAUGACCCAACGCUGCCUAUUGUAGGUUACUAUCCGGCACUCAUGAUCUUGACCUGCGUCAUGGCCUGGGUAUGGGUUGUCGUGGCCUGGGUCGGUAUGAAAUACUUCCGGCAUGCCAAAAUCAGCGGCGAUUGA